UCUGUCCUGCGUACGUUUGCAGCCCGCCGCAGCCCGGGCGUUGGGGUAGUAGAGCGGCCACCUGGCUACGUCAUGGUGACCCCCUGCCCCACCAGCCCCUCUGCCGGAGCAGGGAGGCUAGACAACAACCAGAAUUUUCGAGCCCCCGUGAAGAAGAGCAGGCGCCCGCGCCUCCGGAGGAAAGAGCCGCUUCAACCCCGGAACCCCUGCACGCCCCGAGGAGACUCCGGAGUUUGCGACCUUUUCGAGUCUCCCAGCUCCGGUUCGGACUUUGCAGACAGCCCCGCCGAGUCGGUGGCGCGAGACUGUAGCCCCCUGCAGGGUCCUGCCCGGCCGCUGGAGCCGCUAGAUCUACAAACCUUCCGGGACUACGGCCAGAGCUGCUACGCUUUCCGUAAGGCUCAGGAGAGCCGCUUCCAUCCGCGGGAGUCUCUGGCGAUGCAGCCACAAGUGACUGCGGAAUCCCGUUGUAAACUGCUCAGCUGGCUGAUCCCAGUGCACCGCCAAUUCGGCCUCUCCUUCGAGUCACUGUGCCUGACAGUGAACACUCUGGACCGCUUCCUCACCACCACACCAGUGGCUGCAGACUGCUUCCAGCUGCUCGGGGUCACCUCUCUGCUUAUCGCUUGCAAACAGGUGGAGGUGCACCCACCGCGCGUGAAACAGCUUCUGGCCCUGUGCUGCGGAGCCUUCUCCCGGCAGCAACUCUGCAAUCUCGAAUGCAUCGUGCUGCACAAGCUGCACUUCAGCCUGGGUGCCCCCACCAUCAGCUUCUUUCUGGAGCAUUUCACUCACACCCGCGUGGAGGCCGGACAGGCUGAAGUCUCGGAAGCCCUGGAAGCACAAGCCCUGGCGCGGGGGGUGGCUGAGCUAAGCCUGGCUGAUUAUGCCUUCACUGGCUAUGCUCCCUCCCUGCUGGCCAUCUGCUGCCUGGCGCUGGCAGAUCGCAUGCUGCGGCUGCCACACCCGGUGGACUUGCGCCUGGGCGAACACUCAGAGGCGGCGCUGCAGGACUGUCUGGGAAAGCUGCAGCUGCUGGUGGCCAUAAACAGUACCUCUCUGACUCACAUGCUGCCCCUCCAGAUUUGCAAGAAGUGCAACCUGUUCCCAAGCUUGAAAUAAAGCAGACCCUUGGGCUUCUAUUCCCUGGCCCCGGAGGUUGGGCCAAUGUCUUGCAUUGCUUCUGAAGAGUGCAGUAUUGGGGGCGGGAGAAUGAAUAUUCAGGACUCCUGCUUGCCAUCCUGUGGGUUGUACAUCUUGCACCUCAGCAUAGCAGAAUCUAGUAAUUUAUUGUGCACUAAACAAAUGAGGGAGCUGUCUUUCCCCCUUUCCCCAGUAAAGAGGCUUUUUUUUUUUUUUUUUUUUUAAUCUGAAUGCUGCAAUUGCCCUGUCUGUCCUGGGGAAGGAAGGUGAAGUCAGCCCCAGAAUGGGGCAGCUGAAACUGUUCCAGGGAUGCUCUCCUCCCACUGAUUCACUUUGUAGUUAGCAUCUCUGUGAAACCCAUCUGGCAAGGUUUGGGAUGCCACUGUUCCAAUGAUAAGACCAAUCAGGGUCACUUGUCUGCUUGAAUUCUGUGACUCUUCUGUUAGGAGCAUGAGGACUGUGCAACCCCAGGGUUACAAAGGGUGUGCUGGGGUGUGAGACAGAGUAGAACCCACAAAAGUCUAUGAUGUGCAGAGGGGCCAUAGGCUGCUCUUGCUAGUGAAUGUGAUGGCAGAGGUGGGAAACCAUGUAGGCACACUAGCAGAGGGCAAAAAGCAAGAAAUAUUUCAGUAUAGAAUCCUACAUCUACCAACAGAUGUUGAAAAGGAAGGCUUUGCAGGCUGUUGGGGCUAUUGAGCCCAUUUCCUUGUAGCCACCUCAUUAAUGCUGCUACAUGUGAGCUCAAGGUAAUGAUUGGAUUAUAGUAGUGAAGGCUAUAUCGAGUGCUUGUGAUUUACCAGGCACUGUUUAUCAUUAGUUAUUUUGAUCAUCUAAUGGUUGUUUCAAGCAGUUUACUAUCCCAGUUUUCAGAGGAUUACACUGGCACACAGAAAGGACUUGAAGGCUGGUGAUCUGAGUCCAGAGUACUACCCUUAGCCACACUGCUAAGCUUCUCCAGUUUAUAGGUUUCUAACCAUUCUCAACAAAAUCUGUUCCCAAAAUAGGUGCCACACAGUUAUUUACUCAGUGUUCACCAUUCAUUAGGGACUAUAAAGAAUCUAUCUAUAGAGUCAGCACAGGGCUGGGGGGUAUAGCUCAGUUGGUAAAGUGCUUGCCUCACAUGCACAAGGCCUUGGAUUCAAUCCCCAGCGCCACAAAAGCAAAACUAUGGAGUCAGAACGGUCCUUACUUCCAGUCAUAAGGAUUCAUGUUAUAGAUAGGAAAACUAGGCUGGGAAUUGAGAUAGAAGCUUGCUUGGUUUCUGUGGUGCUACAGUUGUCACAUCAUCAUUCUCCCUGUCAAAAAUCUCCUGUAGGCCCUGAAUCUCAGCUUCUUAACCUCUUUGAACUCUAUAAUUGAAACCAGGGUUGUUGUAGAGUUUAAGUGAGAUUAAGUUUAAAUGUGAGGCAGUAUCAAGUAGUGAGUCAACAAGUAAGGCUCUGGAGUCAAUUUGAUGGUUGACCUUAUGCAGGUAUAUGCCCACAUUCCAUCUAUAAAAAUGGGUAUAACAGUAGCAUCUGUUUGAAAGUGUUGAAGUACGACUGUAAUGAGAAGCUCUGUAUAAGCACAGGUGGCAAAUAGUGUCUUCAAAAAGCAAAGAGUAACCUAGACAAUUAGGAGAAGGAUCCUGCAGGGGCAAAAAAAACAAAAACAAACAAACAAACAACAACAACAAAAAAAAACAACCUUGGGACAAAGAAAUAGAGGGAAAUGUUAAUGGGGGAUGUGAAUAUAUGGUUCAUUGAAUUGUUGUUUUUGCCUUUUAAAAAUUUCUGUAUGGUUGAAAAAACUUAUUAUAAAAAGUUUUGGAGGGGAAUCCCCAGUCAUGUAUACUGCAUUUAAAAUAAAACAAAAUGUAUGGCAAAUAAAAAGCAAACAAA